CAGCUCUCUUUCACACACACAUUCUUUGCGUUACUCACUCUCAUAAUAAUUCUUCUUCUUUCUGAAAUUUGAACUUGUGAAAUAAAAUAAUCAUCAUAAAAUGUCAGAUCACGAAGAACACAAAUCUGAAUCUCUGAUGGAUAAAAUUUUACCAGCACAUAAAAAAGAUGAUUCAUCUUCAUCAUCUUCUUCAUCCGACUCAGACGAUGAUAACAAGAUUUCAGCUAUCAAGUCCAAGGUGUUCCGUCUCUUUGGUCGUGAAAAGCCUCUUCAUAAGGUCUUUGGUGGCGGUAAACCGGCCGAUCUGCUGCUGUGGAAGGAUAAGAAGGUUUCUGGUGUGAUCCUUGGUGGAGUGACCAUCAUCUGGUUUCUUUUUGAAGUGUUGGAAUAUCAUCUGUUGACCUUGGUUUGCCAUUCUCUGAUCCUUACAUUGGCCACACUCUUCUUGUGGUCAAAUGCCUCGACUUUCAUUAACAAGUCUCCCCCAAAAAUUCCUGAAGUUUGCAUUCCAGAGAAACCGGUUUUCGAAAUUGUGUCCGCCUUAAGGAUCGAAAUCAAUCAAGGUUUAGCAGCUAUUCGAGAUAUUGCUUCAGGAAAAGACCUAAAGAAGUUCCUAUCUGUUAUUGCUGGUUUGUGGUUUGUCUCGAUCGUCAGCAACUGCUACAACUUUUUGACAUUGAUCUACAUAUUGGUCGUGCUGCUCUUCUCGGUGCCCGUGACCUAUGAUAAAUUCGAGGAUAAGAUAGAUCCACUUGCAGAAAAAGCAUGGAUUGAGAUCAAGAAGCAAUAUGCGGUAUUUGAUGCAAAAGUACUUUGUAAGAUCCCAAGAUCUAUGAAAGAAUUGAAAGAUAAGAAGGUUUAAGAAUGCAAGUUGGCUAGGUGUGUCUUAUGUUUUACUAAAAACUGGUUUAUAAUUGUUUUUCAGUCUGAUAUGUGUUUCAUGAUCUAGGGUUGUGGGGUUGAUUACACAGAUUGAUAUCUAAACCCCUCUGCCCAUAUAGUUCCUUGUUUUUAGAGUCGUUGUGAAGCUGUUAUGUUUUAUACAUGGUGUUACAGUUUUUCUUGA